AUGUUCUCCAUUGAUUGGCAUCAAAAAUUUAUGGAUAUUGUCGUCUAUGCAGCGACCAAUCCUUGGCAAUUUCUUUAUUACGUCUUUAUGUUUUUAACACCAAUGUUUAUUAUAUCGGGUUAUUUAGCUUAUCGGUUAGCAAAAGAUAUCGACCGAGCUGAAAAAGCUAAACGUGCGAAAUCUCAACAGAAAACAAACAUUGCUAAAGUUCGCCGGCACGCAAAACACGAGUGA